AUGCGUAAUGUGUAUCAACACGCUUGGUCACAGUCAAAGUUUGAAUUGCGCUUUUCAGUGGCAUCUCUGUUUAGCCUGAUUAGUUUGCAAUGCAUUCGCACACAGAGCACUUUCACGGAGAUAGGCAAGGAAAGGGACAUGAAAGGCUCACCUUCAGGGGAAAAGAAAGACCUUUCGCAUCAUAAAGUAUUUUAUGAGGAUGAACUCUUGGCACAAAGUAUAGAAAAGCUCAGUAAAGAGCGUCAGGAUUCCCGUUUGAGGCGCAAGAUUAGUAUUUCAGCUGCAAAGCUAUCCUCUAUCAGGGAAAUAACUAAUCGUACUCAUCCCUCAAGUCUAUCUAUGGCAUCAUCGCAAGCCUCAUCAAGGGUUUCUGCGGAGAAGGGAAUCUCCUCUCUUAGGGAUCAUAUCCUUACUCUAACUCCAUCAAGCGGGAGCGUGUGCAAGCUAUCUGAUUCACGUGCUUCUACUAUCGGAUCUUUUCGUGGCUGUUUAGAUGGCUCAUUCAGUCUAGAGGAGAUAGAGUACAUGCUUUUUAGCUCAACGAAGUCUCAUCAAAAGGAUGUGGCGCUUGGGAAAGCAACAGAGAAAAGGGACAAAGUUCAACUUACUAUGAGCACUCUUCCAGCUCUUGAAGAUAUCAAAAUGGAGAGCCCUAUGCCUAUUGAAAAUGAAAAAGAGGAAUUGACACCGGAUGCAGGAACUCUCCAUGGAGGUCAGGGGCGCCUACUUUCCACUCCUCUGCAGCCUCAAGACACCGGCACUGAUUCCACCAGAAAGGGUAGCCAGCCGCUGGAGGAUGCACGCGAAGUGUUGUCACCACCCUUAGCUCAACCUAGUGGGUCUUCUUGUUGUUGCCCUAUCCGUGUCUUCCGCAAACGUGAAGACACUGUCAGAGACGCAUUAUCACAUGUUCACGCUGGGGAACGAGUUGAAGCUUCUUUCCGUCCCUGGCUAUCCGUUUCGUGUGAUACCGCAAGUGGGAUUUACACAAUUGUCCCGGAAGCUCCAAUUCCUACCUUGUGGCAUGUCCUUCGCAGCCUCAACCAAGCACUCACGCAGAUAGAGUCUUCGCUUGCAUAUAAACGCAUAAAUGGUGAUACAUCGAUCGAGGUUCGCUUGCAUUUGGUGAAAAUGAUGCAAAGUGAUCAUAGUACAUUGGGUACACUAUUGUCACUUAAUCCCGUGUACAAUGAAUUAGGUGCAUCAGCUCUAUAUCGUCUGGAUGUGAGUUCCCGGAAAGGGCAACUCUUAGAACGUAUAAUGUCCGCUGCAGAUCGCGGAAUGCGCAUCAAGGCUAUCGUUGAGCCUGAGGCCACUGUCUUUGGAUUUGCAGCUGAGUUAUUCUUUUGUUGCGAAGGGGUUAUGUUUACUGGCCGGAAGGAUUCUGUGAAGGUGGGCUUUCCAGAGCUGACGUAUGGAGUGUUUCCAGCCCCUGCCGUGAUUCGUGUCCUUAAGGCAUGUCUCAAAGAUGAUGCUCGAUAUGGCCUUGCCUCAAUGGGUUCAGCUGACAGCUUAUUCCGUUUUGUCUCACCGUUCUUAUUUGGAGAAGGUACCCCUCGGGAGAUGUUCACUGACGUAGUUACGUCCUUCUUGGUACUCUUGCAUACAAAGCCUUUUGCUCACUGGGAGGCAACUGUGCUAUAUGGCUGGCGAGAUGUUACCCGCAGAUCAAUGGUUGUUGCACAUCCUUCAGCUUUUCAGAGGUGGAGCUUCAUAUCCCAUUACACACAAGUGAUUGCUCGGGCAUUCUCUUCCUUUUUCAUACAAAUACAGCCGGAAAAGGCGAAUCGAGCAUCGUUGCUUCCACGAGUGAUACCGACGGAUAUGCACCACUCCAUCAGGCUUCAAUGGCAGCGUUACUGUGGUGCCGUUUUCGACGCCGCGAAGAACAGCUCAUUAACACGUUCCUCUGAUACCUUUUUCCAGGACGUCAUGAUCUCGUGCUUUAACUCCACAGCGGUAUAUAAUUCGCACAAAUUGUACGAAUACGCUGUCGAAAGCUUGCUUCCAACGCAGGCAAUUCAACCCUGCAUCUUGGAGACCAAUUUCGUGUACUUGGAUAACCAGAGCUUAUCCACCUUAGAGUCUGCAGAGGUGGUUGCCCAACAAAUCAUGGAUGUAAAGAGACUCCAGCGCGUCAAUUCUACCAGGGCAUCUCCUAUAACAGUAGUGAUGGAGGCUACUGUCGCGCGGGAGACGCAGAUCAGGUUGACAGCCCUGCUUCGGGCAUCUUUUUCUUCGGUACGUGAUUCCGGUGCAAGCGAAACAGACUUGUCAUACUGCAUUGUGUUUGUGGGAAGUCCGGCGGAGCUUUAUGAUAUGACCUCGCUGUUGCCAUGCGCUGUGGUGAUGAAUACUUUUGGCCAAACUAUCGCCGUACUGACUCAAUCAGGAAAGUCGCUUCUCGACUCAAUUGUGGAGCUGAGUUCGACUGGACAGCGACUAGCAGCUGAAUGUCGUAGUUCAAUGGACUGCAAUUUUAAUAUUCAGACAACUGCAAUUGCGUUUCUUAGGUCGCGGAACAUUCCUUUCGUCCAGACCUCGAGUGGUGAGGAAGGCCUUAAGAUUGUGGUAGCGCUAGCACUUGAGCUGUAUCGUGCAGCAAUUAAUGCAUGCCUGUUGUCGAAUGCUGCUUUGGUAUUGUCUUUAUCACAACUUUCAUUGUGCAUGGGGUUCAGAAAAUCACUGGCUGCUAUUUUAGCUCAAUUUGGUGUGGAUAACAUAUAUAGCGCGAUUUGGCGCUUUCCGCGGUUUCAUACGAUGUAUGAGAGUUUGAAUAUCACUAAAGAAAAGUUUACCCGCUUCCUUCACUCCUGUGUUGCCGUUGAGACGCCAUUUAGCGGAAGCAGAUUCUAUUCAUCCGUAGCGCAUUCCAUGGGGUGUGACAGGGAGUUCCCUACCAAUUUAACUGAACAUGUGCUCUUAGCCUUAGUAGACCAUUGUUGUGUGUCUCUCAUGCAGGAGGAAUUUCGUUGUGCGAAGGAUAUCAACUUGCUUUCCAUUAUGGCUUUAUCGCUGCAUCCAGAGACGGGUGGCAUUCUUGCUCUUGCUCAGCAUCAUUUGGGCCCUCCAAAAUCGGUAGCCAAGCGUAUGAAGGAUCAAGCAAAAUCAUUGAAGCGCUUAUAUGAGUCACUUCCCUUGGUUGAAUGGAUGGCUGAGCGUGGUUUAGCUUUCGAUGCUUUCGAAGCAAGGAAUCUCAAAAGAGCGAAGUCGGUUCUGGGAUGCUAA